AUGGCGGCCACGACAACAAGAUUUAGGUGUUUAAAUGCACCUCCAUUAAGACAGGCAUCACGAUGGUUUAUCUCUGCCUCCCGCUCUUUUGCCACCGAAACUGCAACGCCCGAACCCCCAACUCCCAAGAGACGACCGACGUACUUUAAGGACAAGCUGAACGCAGUUCCCUCCUUCUCCGAAUUUGUUGGCCUUCCAGAUCAGCCCUUGAGUCCCGAAGAUGCACUCGAGCUGCGCACGGCGAUGGUCGGGCCCCCCGGCAAGAAGAAGCAGAUCACACGACUCCCUGAAUGGCUGAAGACUCCCAUACCGGACAAUUCGAAUUACAAGAAGAUCAAGAAGGAUCUGCGGGGCUUAAAUUUACAUACUGUAUGCGAGGAAGCGCGGUGUCCGAACAUCUCGGAUUGUUGGGGUGGCAGUGACAAGAGCGCUGCAACGGCUACAAUCAUGUUGAUGGGAGAUACUUGUACCCGGGGAUGCAGGUUCUGCAGUGUCAAGACUUCGAAAGCUCCGCCGCCAUUGGACCCCCACGAACCGGAACAUACAGCGGAAGCCCUCUCUAGAUGGGGCUUGGGAUAUGUGGUCUUGACAUCCGUCGACCGUGAUGACCUGCUGGAUGGCGGAGCGAGACACUUCACCGAGACGAUCAUGAAGAUUAAACGGAAGAAGCCGGGGAUGUUGGUUGAGGCCUUGACGGGCGAUUAUGCAGGGGACCUGGAAAUGGUAGCUAUGGUGGCGAAGAGUGGACUGGACGUCUACGCACACAAUAUGGAAACAGUGGAAGAAUUGACUCCCUUUGUUAGAGACAGAAGGGCGAAAUACAGGCAGAGUCUGGCCGUAUUAGAGGCGGCAAAGAAGACAGUCCCAAGUUUGAUCACUAAGACGAGUAUUAUGCUGGGGCUUGGGGAGACGGAGGAGCAGCUAUGGGAGACGCUGAGAGAUCUCCGCAAGGCUAACGUUGAUGUUGUGACAUUCGGUCAAUAUAUGCGACCCACGAAACGCCACAUGAAGGUCGAGGAGUACAUCACUCCAGAAUCAUUUGAGCUAUGGCGUCAAAGAGCCUUGGAUAUGGGGUUCUUGUAUUGUGCUAGCGGGCCUUUGGUCAGAAGUUCAUACAAGGCUGGUGAAGCGUUCAUCGAGAAUGUGUUGAAGAAAAGGAAGGGUGUGACUAUGUUGGCCGAUGAGGCUACCGGCAUGAAGAAAGCGGUUGUAUAA